AAUUUUUAUUCUCAGAAUUAAAAUCUCAGUUCUUUUUUCUCUUUCUUCUCGACCUAUCAGAGAGAUGCUUUCUCUUGCACGAAUGACGAAUUUUGUGUCGGUUUCCCAAUUGGUAUUUGAUUUACAUUGCUUGAAUGUUCACAAGAUUAUGAUAAAAAGGGAAGCCUUCGGAUUGAUCUCCAAUCUUCGAGGCUUUAUGGCUUUUAGCAAGAUUAACCUCUCCGCCGUUUCCAGCUACCCUUAUGGUUUAAUAAGGCAGGAUGGCCGUGGUAGGGUUCAGAAUAUUAAUUUCGUUGAAAGUCGCUCUUCUGCUCCUAGUUCUGGUAAUCCUUCUAGAUUGAGAAGGUCCUUGAAUCAAAAUGGUCUUCCCAGAAGAAUAGAUGAUGGAAGUGCUCUAGCACAUGCCGUUGCACCGCCGAGCCAGUUUUUUCAUGGUUCUAGGGUACUUCUUGAGGAUGAAGUUGGUGUGAAUUUUCUGAAAGGGUUUGGGGAGCCUCCUGGCAUACCUAGUCGACAGAAAUAUGAGAAAAUGGUUGUUGCUGUCGAUGUUGAUGAGGUCCUCGGAAGCUUUCUCUCUGCAUUGAAUAAGUUUAUUACAGAUCACUACGGAUUGGAUCAUGAAGUUUCAGAAUAUUAUGUCUACGAGUUCUAUAGGAUUUGGAAUUGUUCUCGAGCAGAAGCUGAUAUGCGAAUCCAUGAAUUUUAUAAUUCUCUCUCCUUCAGAAUAGGAAUUGAUCCCAUCCCUGGCUCUCAAGCCGUUCUUCGAAAUCUUUCAACAUUUUGUGAUCUAUCAGUUGUUACAUCUCGGCAAAAUGUGAUCAAAGCUAACACAGUUGAUUGGAUUGAGAAGCAUUAUCCCGGCAUGUUUAAGGAGAUCCAAUUUGGAAAUCACUUUGCUUUGAAUGGGAAAUCAAGGCCAAAAUCUGAGAUUUGCAGAUCUCUUGGUGCUCGAGUACUGAUAGAUGAUAACCCAAGAUACGCUCUUGAAUGUGCUGAGGCUGGCAUCAAGGUUCUGCUCUUUAACUACCACAACUCUUAUCCAUGGUGCAAGGAUGGCUAUGUAGAUUCCCACAGCCUUAUUACCAAGGUUUAUAGCUGGGAAGAGGUAGAACAACACUUGAUAUCAUGGGCUGCUGCUGCAUGGAAAUGACUAUGCGUUCAUUUUAUGCUUUUACAGGUUUGGAUUCUUGGUGCAUAAAAACUAGUUAAAGCUAGUUACUUGAGGGAGGCUUUUAAAGUUUUUUUUUUUUUUCAUAUUUUUCUUAAUCAGCAACUGUAAAAUAGUAAUAAUUGCGCUUUUAAUCCAUUGAAAGCAUUCUGAAAGCUUUUAUGGCCAUGUUACCGGCU